AUGUUUCUUCGGUCGGCCAAUCUCAUAAUCAUCAGUAGUGUGUUGGGUUUUCUUGCUAUUGCCGCCGUCGCUUUACGAUUUCUAUGCAAGAGAAAACGAAAGGCAAGAGUGACUAUCGAUGACUAUCUUAUUAUUCUCGGAUUGAUACUGGCGCUUAGUAUAUGUGUUUGCACAAUUAUCGGAGCUGCGAAAUACAGGUUUGGGAACCACGAAAUCUACAUCGAGUCGGGGCCUCUGGCUGGUUGGCCCGAAGCAUGGUUGCUGCUUGGAUAUGGAAAAAUUUUUUAUGCUCUGCAGCUCUUACACGCUACGGCGAUGCCGAUAAUCAAGGCAUCUUUGAUGAUAUUCCUGCGGCGGAUUUUCUUCGCGAGCCGGAGUUUCGAAAUUACGUUUUGGAUCAUAACCAUAUAUGUCUUUCUUUGGUGGCUGACAACUUUCUGGAUGAGUGUUUUCCAAUGUUGGCCGAUAUCUUCCAACUGGGGAACAACACCGGCGCAAAUGGGAGACUGCAUUCCAGAUUACAUGACAUGGUACGCUUGGGUGGCUCUAUUGAAUGUCCUCAGCGACUUCGCCAUUGUGAUCCUUCCAAUACCACUUGUGUUGCGAAUCCAAAUGCCAUUGCGGCGAAAACUGGCCGGUGUUUUUGUUCUAGCCACCGCAAUCUUUGUCGUCGUCGCAGGUAUUGGUCGCACCGUGGGAUAUUUUACGUAUGACCACGAGUCCUUGGACUUCUCAUAUGUUUUCUACGAUUUCCUUGUCUGGACAUCAAUCGAGCCGUAUCUGGAGGUUAUCGGCUGCUGUCUACCGACAAUGGGACACCUUGCUGAUAAUAUCAAAUUCAGCGAUUUGUAUUCCUGGAUCAGAGUUUCACUAUCUCAACUAUCCCUUCGACACUCACCAUCAAGAGGGACUAGCGCUAGCGCGGACAUAGAUAACAGUACCUCUGCAAACCACCCUAGUUGGUAUGAACUCACUGAGGAGAGGAGUGCGGCCUCAGGUACCAAAGGAAACAUAGACAAUGGUACGGACUCCCAGAGGUUGAGCUAA